AUGGGUAACUACUCACUACACAUGAAUCUCGAUCGAGUUGAAGCUUGGCCGGUCGAGUUGAGGAACUCGACCGGUUGGUCGAGUAGACGGUCGAGCUGGUCUUCAAGAUGGCUUCUCCCUUCUUCCUUUGCGUAUCCAGUUGAGCUGCGUCCAUGUGCCAAGUCCCUCCAUGCUCCUCAUGUCCAUAUGCUCCAGAAUGCUCCAAAAGACCUAUUUCAAAGGACCAAACAUGCAUAUGUCCUUGUGGAUUCGAUCCCAUACUAUACUUACCUCGUUGCUGUGCACUUGCAGGCACAACUUGAGCGUGCCAUGGCUGGAGAAGUACGUGACCAGCAACCAAAUCCUUGGAGGAACCAUCUUGAUGAGCCGCCUUUGGACGAGGUCCAAGACCGCAUACCACGAGAAGGCCUUGGACCGGAGCUUAACCGAGCCGAUGGGCUACACCGAGGAGACUUAGGCGAUCACCAAGGAGGGGAGAACCAAGAGACCGUUGGAGACAGUGACUCUAGACCAGAGCUUCUCCAAAGCCGUAGCCCUAUCCGGACUUACGAGGGCCACCAGUUUGAAAUCAAGCCGCGAGUUAUCGCUUUGGUAAAACAAAGUCAAUACCACGGGCUUAUUGAAGAAGAUCCGUUGGAUCAUGUCGAUUCCUUUGAGGAAUUGUGCAGCACAACUAGUGCAAAUGGAGUUCCUGGCGACUACUUGAGAUGCCGGCUCUUUACCUUUACCUUGGCGGGAAAAGCACUCAAGUGGCUCAAGUCUCUCCCGUCUCGCUCAAUCACUACAUGGAUGGAGUUCAAGAAAGCUUUUCUUGGUCAGUUUUAUACAAAGCAGCGGACUAGUUUGAUGAGGAGCAAGAUCGUUGGCUUUCAGCAAGGGCCAAUAGAGCCGUAUCAUGAGGGAUUGGAGCGCUUCAAGGAAUACAUAAGAGAUUGUCCACAACAUGGCUUCUCGGAAGUAAACUUGUGGAACACGUUUUAUGAGGGAAUAAGGCGCGAGCACAAGCUGUAUCUUGAUAUAGCUAGCAACGGGAACUUCAUGAGUAAGUCCAUAGAGGAAGCCAAAACGUUGAUUGAUAACUUAGCGGUCAGUGACAGCAAGAAUCAACCGAGCUAUGAAGAAACGAUCAAGGCAAUCAACGCGAGACCGGGACUAGUUGAGUUUGAGGAGCUGAAGUCCAUGAUCGCUAAACUUUUGGAGAGAGAACCGGAGCAUCGCCUGAGCCCCCGUGAGAACAAUAUGCAACGGACCAAGGUCGAUGAGAGGGAGGUACUCUACAUAAGCAAGCAAGAGAUACAACAUCCGGCUGAAACCCGACUUGGCGCUAAGGAGCAUGGAGGAGAGCUCAAAGCCUUGAUGUAUGAUUUCAUUGGUGAACAGAGAAGAGCGAACAAGGAGAUCAACGAGAAGAUACACUAUGUGUAUCACGACUUGAACAAUAAAUUUGGGUCGCUGGAGUCGCACAUCAAGGAGCUUGAUCUUCAAAUAGCAAACAUAGCCAGUACAAUCAAGAAACCGCUUGGAGUCCUCCCGGGUCGAACUGAGGCUAACCCCAAGAAGGAACAUAUAGCGGCCAUCACCCUUAGAAGCGGUACGCAGUUAGACGAAGUGGAGUUGACUGUUGACUUCUCAGCUCGAUCGAGUUGA